GAGAGAGCCGCCUUUCCAAAGAGCCACGUGGAGCAGCAGCAGCAGCAGCAGGGGAUGGAACGCGGGGGUCGCCAACGUUCUAGAACGCCGGGGGGGUUCCCGGGGAAAGUUCCAAAGCCUUUGAUCCCAGGUGUAUUUCAGCCCAGUCUGCGUGGUGGCCAGCCGUGAAGGCCAUGAUUGACAUGUGAAUUCUUUAGGAUGUUUUCCUGCUGGAAAAGCUGAGGCCAUCAAAGAGAAUAUUGUUGGGACUUGUCCAAGAGAAGAAGGUGCUGUUACUUAGGAAAGCUUCACAGCUACCAUGGCUAGCAAAAGAAAGUCAACAACUCCAUGUAUGGUACGAGCAUCUGAAACCAUGGAGCAAGAAGAUUCUAAGGACAGUGAUGCAGCAGAGUCAGCUCUUACUUCAGAGAAAGACUCGGGAGAUGAUUUGGCUGCUGGUAAGGAGACCUCUGAAAAUGACUGUGAGGUGAUUGAAGGAAAGUCUUCCCCAGCCAAUCCAUCAAGGAAACCCCUUGGUGGUUAUGAAUGUAAGUACUGCCCCUACUCCACUCAGAAUCUGACUGACUUCACAGAGCACAUAGAUACACAACACCCCAAUGUGAUCCUCAACCCCCUCUACGUAUGUGCCGAAUGUAACUUUACAACCAAAAAAUAUGAUCUCUUAUCUGAGCACAACACAAAGCUCCAUCCAGGAGAAAACAACUUCAAGUUGAAGCUACUCAAGCUGGACAAUCAGACUGUCCUAGAGCAGUCCAUUGAGGUAACAAACACCUCAUUUGCACCUGAACCCACCAGCAUGAGUGGUACAAACAAAACAACACCAGCUGGAAAGCUGAAAGCUGAGGCAAAGAAAAUUUCUAUAGACAACCAUUUGGAUAGGCUUUCCCAUCUUAUUACAAAAACUACUGAGCCAAUCACUUGUAUUAAUGGGGCAGAGCUUUUCCAGGAUAUACUGGCUCAUGUGAUGCCCUCUGUACAGCUCCCACCAAAUAUCAAUCUUGUUCCCAAAGUCCCUGUACCACUGAAUAUUACCAAAUACAAUUCUGCACUGGACACUAACACAACUAUGAUCAACUCCUUCAACAAAUUUCCCUACCCGACACAGGCCGAGUUGUCAUGGCUAACAGCAGCUUCCAAACACCCAGAGGAACAGAUCCGAAUUUGGUUUGCUAUCCAGCGCUUGAAGCAUGGCAUCAGCUGGUCUCCAGAAGAGGUUGAAGAGGCAAGGAAGAAGAUGUUCAAUGGAACCAUUCAGGCAGCACCUCAGACCAUCACUGUUGUGCCAGCUCAUGUCACUGCUGCCAAAAUGCCACAACCGCUCAUCCAAACAGCAGUGCCUUGUCAGAUACUCAGUCAGACUGGCUUGGUUUUGACACAGGUAUCCAAUGGAUCAAAUGUUUCACCAGUUACUCUGGCUGCUGCUGCCAAUCAAGGUCAGAAACGGAGCACACAGAACCAGCUGGCUGUUCCAGAAGCCAAGCGUCCACAUGUUGUCUCUGCAGAAGUCUCCUCCAAACAGAACGCCCCUGCUGCUCCUACAAGCACAACUACAAUAUCAUCAUCAACAGCAUCAAAUGACCGCAAAAAGACUAAGGGACAGAUAGCAGCCCUAAAGGCCAGUUUUAUCAUUAGCCAGUUUCCUGACAAUGCUGAAAUUUAUAGGCUGAUAGAAAUCACAGGUCUCUCUAGAAGUGAGAUCAAGAAGUGGUUCAGUGAUCACCGAUAUCGAUGUCAAAGAGGGAUUGUCAACAUCACAAAUGAAUCCAUACCCAAGGACCAGACAGUAAUUGCUGCUGCAAGACAGGGGCGUAACUACAGUACUUACUCAGACUUCACUUUCCAGAAGUUCAAAGGAAAAACCCAAGAACAAUUUAAGAUUUUGGAAGAAAGUUUCCUUAAAAGCUCUUUUCCAACACCCAAUGAGAUAGAAAGACUCAGGAGUGAAGCCAAGAUGAGUAGAAGAGAGGUUGAAACCUGGUUCAAUGAGCGAAGAAAGGUCAGGGAUAAUAUGGAACAAGCUGUCUUGGACUCAAUGGGAUCAAACAAAAAGAAUAAAGAUCAAAGUACUUCCAAGGAUACAUUAAGUCAAACAGAAAGGUUUAAGAUUUCCCAAUCACCAACAUCUUUGUCCAGGUGUCCUGCUGAAUUUGGCACAAGUAGCCAGGAACAGGUCCACUUACUGAAGAGUAUGUUUGCACGAACUCAAUGGCCGUCUCCACAGGAGUACGAUGAGUUGGCAGCUCAGACAGGACUCACUAGGACUGAAAUCGUUCGCUGGUUCAAGGAGAAUAGGAGCUUUCUACGAACUGGGAAAUUAAAAUGGUUGGAUCAAUACCAGCAGCAAUGUGUAAUUGAUGGAUAUGACAAGACAAAGGAACCAGCACCCAGUGACAGUAUGAUGAAAAGUACUGAUGCACUUCAACAGCCUAAGAAAGAACGUCAAAAGCUAGGAAAACAUAAUAUAGAAGACAUGGAGAAAUCAGAAUGCAGUGAUAAAGAUAGUCAAGGCAACAAUGAUAACAAGGAUGAUUGGGUCGAAGUGACCAUAGACGAUGAGGAUUAUGAGGAUGAGGAUGCUUCAGACUGUGUGGACAGUUGGAAUCAACCUGCACCUGAAAGCAAGGCUGAUAUUGAUUCAGAAAAUAUGUCCAGUGAUAACUCACACACCUAACAGACCAGAUUUAACUUUCCUAGAAUCCAACUCCCAGAAUCAAAGGACAAAGAGAAAAGUGAAGUUGAGGAACUGUAUGAACAGAAAAAUGUCAACAGUACAACAGAAAACUGGCAAUUGUUUGUCCCCUUUGCGUCCUGGUUGGCGAAUUAUAGUUUUAGACGAUUCCGCUCCCUCCUCCUGGUCCUCUGGCCACACCAUGACAUGCUUUAUGAUGUAUACAGCCACUGCUUUCUCCUCUUCAUUUCUGGAAUUCUUGGAACAACUUUUGGGCUCAGGAUCCACAGGAACCUGGUGAUCUCCACUGCACGAACCAGAGGUUGAGGCCUCGGAGGCAGGCGCCAGGACCGAAGUAGGGAGCAAAGCUGAAGUCAGAUCAGGAGCUGGAGCCAUGGCCAUGGCAGGGACCUGCUGGAUAGACCGGUUGUAUCUCGCCAUUAGCCAGUGAAUAUAGGCUGCCAAUAAUAAGAACCCUCCAAAUACAAUCGUCAGGAAGCUGCAAGCUGCAUCAUCUAGGCCCAGGACCUCUUUUAACAAUUUUGAAAGCACAGCCAUUGGAUUUUCAGGCCUCCUCUCUCUCUUCCAGGCACCCAAAACAUUCAUUGUUGUGAAUUGUUGAGUACAUUCAUUGUUGUGCUUAUCAUGCAGGAGUGAGGAACACAAGGACUAUUUUGCUUCUGCUGAUUGGCGGGUUCUGGGAGCUAGAGUCCCCCAAAAUAACUUUUCCAAGCUCUUCUUUUCUGUUUUUCUGGAGAUCCUUGAUGUUUCCAUUCAUAUUUCAACUCUGCUUAAUGCCAAAAACAAAUUCAUGCAAUCUAGUGGGAAAGCACAAAACAGUGGAAUCAAGCAGGUCUCCAGCAUGUGUAAUAGUAUCCAGUCAUGCUUGUAGGACAUGAUCCAGCAUAGUGGUUUGUGUGUUGGAUUAUGAAUCUGGGUGCCAGGGUUUGAGUUCCUGCUCAACCAUGAAACCCACUGGGUGGCCUUGGGCAUGUCAUGUGCUCUCAGCCUCAGGAAAAGGCUGUGGCAACCUCUGAACAAAUCUGGUGAAGAAAAACUCAUGAUAGGUUCAUCUUAGGGUCACCAUAAAUUGGAAAUUACUUGAAGGCACACAACACACACACACACACACAAGCUUCUUUGUCUCUGUAGGGUCAGAAUCAUCCAACUCACCAGAUGUUGUAGGACUGCAGCUUCCAACAUUCCUCGCCUUGGCUUUUCAUUGAGUCAAUCCAUGUGCUAUCUUGUCUCCCUCAUUUCCUAUUGUUUCCCAGUAGAUAUAGGUGCCAUCACCAUGAAAGCCCUGCUAUUUAUUUACAUAAUUUUAUUCAUUUAAUAAGCAGUGUGUGUCUAAAAAUUUAGAAUAUUGAGUUAUUCUUUUUUUAAGAAAACAAUUUUUUUUAAAGUUCUGGUUAAAGGUCCUGCUUUUUUGAUACUUACUUUUUUCUGAAAUAAACAUAUUCCAUGCAAUUUU